AUGAUUAAUAAAAUAUUAAAAAAGAAAUCUUAAUAAAAUAAAAAAGAUGGUGAAAAAGCAUAUUCAUAUUCUUCUUCUUGUUCAGAAUCUGAAGGUGAUCCCGAAUUCGAGAAUUAUUCUGAUGCUGAAGAUUUCGAAGAUUAUAAAGUUGACGGUUACCAUCCUGCAUAUAUAGGUGAAACAUUUAAAGACGGUCGUUAUAAAAUCAUUUAAAAAUUAGGAUGGGGUCAUUUUUCUACAGUAUGGUUAACUGAAGAUUGCUCUAAUAAUGGUAAAUACGUUGCUUUAAAAAUUUAGAAAAGUAAACAAAGUUACCAAGAAAGUGCAUUGGAUGAAAUCGAACUUUUAUAAGACUUAAAAAAAAUGAAAAAAAUCCUCAAUGAUAAAAGCUUAAAGAUAAAAAUCGUUGAUUUCGGAAAUGCGUGUUGGACACAUAAAAAAUUCAGUUCAACAAUAUAAACUAGAGAAUAUAGGGCUCCUGAGGUUAUUUUAGGUAUCGAUUAUAUAUAAAAUACAGAUGUUUUUAGCUUAGCUUGUAUGAUUUAUGAACUUAUUACGAAUGAUUAUCUAUUUAAGCCAAAAAAAAGAGAAGGAACAUCUAAAAGUGAUGAACAUUUAGCCUUAAUGAUGGAAUGUUUAGGUAAAUUUUCGAAAUAAUUCUGCCUUUCUGGCAGUAAAAGUCGAGAGUAUUUUAAUAAAAACGGACAAUUAUUGAGAAUUAAAUAACUUAUAGAUUAUCCUAUUAGUGAAAUUCUUAUAUAAGAAUAUAAUAUGGAUGAAUAAACGGCAAUUGAUAUUGAAGGUUUCCUUUUACCAAUGCUUAACUAUAAUCCUAAAAAAAGGGUUUCAGCAAAAGAGGCUUUAGAACAUAAAUGGUUAUGUUAAGAAUGA